AUGUCUGUGUUGAGUGAAAGCGGAGAGCAGAGCCGCAAGGGGGGCUCAGCUCGGUCGAUCGCCUCUGAGGCUCGGCGGCGGCGCGGCAACGCAGCCCGCGCGGUUCGGCAACGGCGCGAUCAGCUGUUGCGCGCUUAUAAAUUCAAAACAGGCGGGUGUCGAGCCAGCCGUCCCUCGUCCCGGGAGCGCCGUCAGCCGGAAUGUAGGGCGAGGAGCAUUGAUUUCGGGAGGAAAGUAAUAAGUUGCCGCAUCGAUCGCGCGCGACCUCGCUCUGUCCGCCGGGCUCAGGACGACGUGAGUCGUGAACUACAUUCGCGUACGGGCUACGGGCCCAUACGCUACGUACCCAUAGAGCCUUUUGAUAGAUUAGAUAUUAGUUACGACAUACAGCUUACAUCGCUGCUCCGUUUAUGCCUUACUCUGACUAAAUUGGGACAGUACUAA